AUGAAUAAAGAAUUAUCCACAGUUCAUUCGCGUGACGCUGUUAAUCUUUCGUCCAUAAAACAAUCGAAAUCUCCAUUAACAAAACUAAGUUCUUCUAUAAAACUUAAUCGAUCAACAAGAUUUCCUGCAAGUAAUUCACAUCUUACUUCUCCCCCAUCGAAUUCAGUAUCCCGCAAAUUAAAUCAAAGUAAUAAAAAUGAUAAAAGUCAACAACACAAAUCAAUAUCUUCUUCCGUACGUGGAGUUAUUGGCGGAAGUCAUUCUCGUAAGCCUUCACAAUCAACACUUGAUUCAAGUAGUAGUGAUGAUAACGGAUCAGAUGGUUCAGAUUCGACUUCGGACUUAGAUAAGAUUACUAUUUCCUCACGCAAGCCUGCUUCGGUAUCAACUAUACAUUCUUCUACUCAACCUGGUUUAGUAACUUCACCAUUUAGUCUUACUGCAAGUUUGUCGCAAGAAUUAUCUCAAAAGCAAUUACGUAAAAGAAACAAUAAAACUAACGGCGUUCCUGGUAGAAAUAAAGGAACUUACGUUAAUCAUUCACAACAUUCUCAAGAUAAUAAUAAUAAUACUUUGAGACCAAGUGAUAGAACUGAAAAAAAUGAUAGAUUUUUAAGGGAUAGAGAUAGGGAAUAUUUAUCAGAUAAAACAAAUCCUUCAUCAAGGGAAAUUCAGCAAGGACAAUCUUCAUCAAGACCUUCUCAGUAUAGAGGAAGAGAUCGCGAAAAAGUUCGUAGAUAUUCCAGAUCCAGAGAGAGAACAACUGAUGAUUAUAGGCAUAGGGAACGAUGUGCUGAUUACGUUGAUCGUCAUCGUACUCAUUCAAAAUCAAGGGAAAGAGGUGGGGGUCAUGAUGAUACUCAUCGAGGUGAAAAUGCUAAUGCUUACAGGCAUAAAGAUAGAGAUCAUAUGGAAAGAGGAAGGCAAAUGACAUAUGAUCAUGAUGGAAGGGAACGUGCUAAAUCUAAAACUCGUGAAAGAGGAAGGGAAAGAGAAUUUGACAAUGAUAAUAAAAUGUAUCGUAACAAUAACGAACCUCAUCAUGAUAUGGAUUCUAAUAAUAAACCAUCAUAUCAAAAGUCAUUACGUAAGACGAAUGACAAGAGUAAUGAUAUUAGUAAAGCAAGGGCUAAAUCUUUAACUAGAGAUCCUUCUGGAUCAUCAAAUGAUAGCGAUUUACAGCAUAGACAAUCACGUAGAACAAGAGAAAAGAAUGUUCCUAUGGGAAGAAAUAGAUCAAAAUCAUUGACAAGGGAUCUCGAAGGAAAAUCAGGGGAUGUGAAUAAAGAGUCACUGAGGAAUAGGGAAUUUGAAAAGUUAAUGGAAAGAGACAGAACUAAUGGUCGAUUUAUACGUAACGGUGGUGAAAAGGAUCAGAAGAAUUCUGAUAAUGAAGAUGUUAGAUCCAAACAGAGAGGCGAACACGAUGAAAAAGUACACGCAAAGUCAAGAGCUAAAGAUGACGAUAAAGGAACUCAUGAAAAAGAAUUUGAGUUAGAAAAAGAUCCUAAAUUAUUAAUAAAUCGAAUCGGUCUUAAGCAGCAAAAGAAUGAAGAACCAUUAAAUAUGGAAAAAGAUGAACCAAGGAGUUCUUCUGGAAAGAUUACGGUUCGAAUAUUUAUCGAAGAGAGUCAGCAAUACAAGUCAAUAACGUUGACUUCUGAUAUGACUGCUCUCGAUGUAAUGACUAUAUUUAGAAGUGAUAAUACUAUUUCUGAUGCUGGUGCUUGGACAAUAUUUGAAUUGGUCCCUGAAUUCGAUUUAGGUAUAAAUCAUCAUCUUAAACAACGUCCAUUAAGAGAUUGGGAGAGUCUUGCGUGGAUUAUUGGUAGAUGGGAAUUGGAUAGAGGAAAUUCUCUUGUUUUGAAAAAAUAUGCAUAUAGAAAUGCUUUAACACUCGCAGGAUUUAAUGAACAUGUGCCUUCGAUAUAUGGAGUAUUAUAUAUUGAAGUUAAGAAAAGCAAAUGGCAAAAACGAUACUUCUAUAUAAAGGAUGGAUCGAUGUAUCAUAGCAAAGAUACUAAAGGAACGAAUGAAACUUUCCUUUGUUCAAUGGUCAGUUUUGAUGUGUUUAUAUGCACGAAGCUUUUCAAGACUUUUCCAACAAACUUUGUCUUUGCCGUAAAAUCGCUAGAUAAAAUUACAAUGUUUGAAAAUCCAGAAAAUGAUUAUAUGCACUAUUUAUGCGCGGAAAAUUUAAAUAAGAUGAAUGAAUGGUUAUUAGCUAUUAGAACAGUUAGAAAUAAAAUAAUGCGUGAAGAAAGUCCAGAAUUAUUUGUUGAUAUUCCUAUAAAGAAUGAGAAACCGAGUGCACCAAUUAACCUUACUAUGCCAUUGACAAAUGCAUUACCGGCAGCUGUAUCAAAGACAACUUCAUUAAUGAGUGAAAUUUCAUUUGAAUUAGCAUCAAUUAGUACAACUCCUUUAUCAAAAACUGUUGGAAAUGAUGCUACUAAUCAAGAUACAACAACUGCGUUAUUAUCAACAAGCAAAUGGGAUUCAUUGCGCCAACACGUACGCAGUGCAUCAGGAGGAUCUUUAUUAGAUUUUUUUGAUAACCCACCCGGAACCAUUUCACCAUCAUUUGUUGAACUUUCGAAAAAAGCACCAUUUAGUAAAUCUCCAUCGUUUGAAAGGAAAGACAUUAAAAAGGUUGAUACCAUCAAUUCACCUAAAACAACACAUCCUAAUGAUGAUUCUAAUAAAAAGAAAGAGCAAACAAGUGUGUUUAAAGGAGGGUCUUUGUUGGAUUAUGAUGAUAAACUUCCUCCAAUUAAACCAAUUGAGCCUGAACAAGUAACUUUCGCAAAAGGUUCAUUAUUGUCAAAUGGAACUAUGUAUGAGCAGGCAAAAGAGAGAGAGAAAAUUAGAAGAGCAAUGGGAGGAGUUGGAAUCAUAAGGGAUCCGAACAGUGGAACUUUAUUAAAUUUAGAUAAUAAUGUUAAAUUUAAUAAAGGUUCUUUAUUAGAUCGUAAUAUAGAAGGAAGUGGUAAUGGUAUUAAUAAAACUAUACAACGUAAAAAAUCUAUGGGCAAUACAUUAAUACAUAAUCAACAAUCAAGACAAAACAACUUUCAACCUUUAUUAAAUUUUGGAAAUGAUCAAAGGGUUUUUGAAUUUGAUGGAAUUAAAUCUUCUCUCAUUAAAUCUCCGCCCAUUAAAUCUCCACCCAUUAAAUCUCCACCUAUUAAAUCUCCACUUGGAGAUGGAGAAAGAGAUAGUUAUUUCUAA